AUGGCCGCAACUCUCAAGAAUAAUGUCGAAGAUACGAAGCAGACAGCUUUGUCCCCUCGACUCAAAGGUCGGGAAAAUGCGAAAGAGACCUUGUGUCGGAAUGUCACAAUUUAUGGGAAAUGCCGAUAUGAAGACAAGGGUUGUGCCUUUAGUCACAACAUAGAGAAGGCGGCCUCUGAUAAUGGACAAAACGAGAGUCAAUCCAAGAAGACAUUGAAUGUCGACUCGCCCAGCUUCACGCCUUCCUUUCUGUCUCCAAACGGUGCAAAUGCGACGGUCAAGAAAACACCUGGCAUUUCCCCCCAGGCGGCAAGCGCAGCCCCGUUCAUGCCAAAGGCGAUUAUUUCCAGAUCAUCAAACGCGACACCUCUUCGUCAAGACGCUCGAACCCCGGAUUGGGCGUUGGCUGAUGUGCAGGAAUUCGUUCCGCGGCGGGCUCAGGAGACCACGAUGGUAGGUCAGAGGUCGAUUCGUCCCAUUUCUGUCGUCCCGUACAUGGCCAUGAACGAAAUCCCCGUUGCGCAUACCUUUGAGACAUUCCAGCCCAGCCAUGCAGCUAAUCCAUACCUCGACCAAGGCAUGAAUGGGGCUGCCUUUUACAAUGCCGCCAAUUUCCAGCAGCCAGUGCUAUAUCACCAAUACGCUCCAAUUGGCCAUUACAGCACCAACCUCGCCCCUUAUCAGCGGACCGUGCAUGAUCUAUUCAUCCCCAAUGAUCUGAGAGAAGAAAUCCAAAAGAAAUCCGCUGCAGCUCUCCAGACUUUGCCCAAUUCCCAACUGCCAAAUCAUAUCGAAAGCUAUCAUUCCCUUGUGCCACUCGACACCAACCACAAAAGCUCCACCAUCUUCGGAGGAUAUACGUCAUGGAUAUAUAAGGCACAAUCAAGCGCCAAUGGUCAUUUCUUUGCUCUGCGAAGAAUAGAAGGCUUUCGUUUAACAAAUGAACUGGCCAUCAGAUCCGGGCAAGCAUGGAAGAAUCUGAUCAGUGCAAGUGUGGUUCGAAUUGUGGAUGUUUUUACGAACCGGGGGUUUGGUGACAGCUCUCUAUUCAUUGCAACAGAUUACCACCCGCUCUCGAAAACUCUCCUCGAACAUCAUCACACGGGCCAGAAUUGGACCCGUCCCGCCCGAAACAGCAAAGACCAGAUCACAGAGCCAGUCUUAUGGAGCUACGUAGUCCAGAUUGCCUCGGCGCUGAAAUCGAUUCACGGCAGCGGUUUGGCGGCCCGAGUGCUCGAUCCCAGCAAAAUCUUGGUGACAGGAAAAAAUCGCAUCCGGCUCAACGGCUGCGCUGUGCUUGACGUUGUACAAUUCGACAACAGCGUCGUGCCCCUCGCCCAGCUGCAAAGGCAGGAUCUGGUCAAUUUUGCUCUGGUGAUCCUCUCCGUUGGGACGGGGACGGCAGAUGCGGGCGCCAACUUCGCCCGCAGCAUGGACUUGUUCAAACGGUUUUUCAAGCCUGAGCUGCAAAAUGCGGUGGUGUGGCUCUAUUCUGCCAUGCAGAACCAGGACAAGACCAUUGACCAGUUUGUGACACUAAUUGCAAACCACAUGAUUACAGCCUUUAAUGCCGCCCUACACAAUGAUGAUAGUCUGUACUCAGAACUCAGCCGCGAAGUCGAGAACGCACGAAUUGUGCGCCUCAUGGCAAAGCUCAACUACAUCAAUGAACGACCAGAAUUCGAACACGAUCGCGCCUGGUCAGAAAAUGGCGAACGGUACUACCUCAAACUAUUCCGCGACUACGUCUUUCACCAGGUCGAUGCGCAAAACCGGCCCGUCAUCGAUCUCGGACACGUUCUUACGUGCUUGAAUAAAUUGGAUGUUGGGAGCGAGGAGAGGAUUACUUUGAUCAGCCGAGAUGAGCAGAGUUGUUUUGUCGUGAGCUACAGAGAGUUGAAGAAGGGCGUUGAAUCGGCCUUUCAAGAUCUAUUGAAGAGGAGUGGACCGCUACGUUAG